AUGAAUGAAACGGAAGAGCAAGCAUCUUGUGAUGGUGACAGUAUGGGCGAUCUUACACAAAACGGAAGUGCCACAAAGAAAAAGAAAUGUUCCAUUUCUCCGCCUUGGCCAGAAGCGAUUUCUCGUGGCUUAAAAGAGACACGUUUGCAACAAUUUCUUCAGCAAAUGUCAAUGUCAGCACUAGCUGAAACUACUUGUUCAGUUUGCAACGUCCGUACGGCAGCAAAUAAAUCGAAAAAAAUACCGGUCUCAAAAAUUCCUAAUGCUCAUUUACUUGAAGUUUCUGACGAGCACAAAGACUUAAUCAUAAGCAAUCAGUCAUCAACGGCACAAAAUUCCAGCGGUAUAAAUAUACAUACGGCUGAACAUGAUCAAAGUAAUAUAUAAUUUUCAAAAGUAGAGAAUUCAUCUUCAAUUUUUAUUAUUUUAGGU